AUGAGUGAGACAAACCAACCUUUCAUCUCCGUUCAACCAACCAUGAAGCUCCACCACCCCUUUAACCCACCUACCCCAAGCUCAAAUUUUGACACCAGCCCACCAUGCAAAACCGCCAAAAAACUUCAACCACCGCACAAGAAGCUCCUCCGAGUCAUCCUCACCGACCACGACGCCACCGACUCUGACUCCUCCGGCGACGAUGAGGGCCCAAAUAUCCCUCCAAGACAUAAAAAAGUGAAAAGAGAAAUCACCCACAUCACCAUAAACCUUCCCUUUAUAGCCCCAACACCAACGAUUCCAACGGUAACUCCUUCUCCGUCUUUUCCCACUGACCCGACCCGUUUAACCCGGGCCCUUAAACAACCCGUCGUUCCUCGCCGCCGGAGCAAGUUUCGCGGCGUCCGACAGAGGCCCUGGGGGCGGUGGACCGCCGAAAUUCGUGACCCGACCCGGAGAAAACGGGUGUGGCUCGGCACCUUCGACACCGCGGAGGAAGCCGCUGCUGUGUACGAUGAGGCCGCAGUGAAGCUCAAGGGCCCCAACGCUGUCACCAACUUUCCCCUCGCCACAGCCGGAAAAACAGAACUCCACGUUUCACCUCCGGAGGCGGCCUCCUCCGGAGACGGUUUCGCGUCGCCGACGUCUGUCCUCGCCUAUUGCGACGGAGACUCAACGCCGUUCGACGGCUUCCGAUACGGCGAGGUCGAUGCGUUUGGUUUUGACAUCGACGCACCGUUUGGUUUGACAGACGUUAACUUGGGCGUGCUGAGUCAGCGCUUCGCGAAGGAAGAGUUCGGCGAGUUUGACCCGGACGAGUUCCUGACGUGGCCGAAUUAA